AUGCCCACCGUCUUCCACUCAGAAAAACGGUUUUUGUGUGAGACGGCGACCGAAGUCCUGGACGCCAUCAUCCUGCACUGCAGUGGAUGGAAGCUCGCGCUACUGUUCCUGCAGCUGGGAGACGAUUAUAGCAAGCACGAAGACCUGCGUCUGUACAACUUGGCGUCCAUCUACGUGGAAAAGUGCGUCCGCAACUGGAGCAAGUCCGAGUUCAGCAGUCUAUCGACCCACUCGUCGCAGUCGUCGACUCAGUUGCUCACACUGCUGGCCAAGAUGGUAACGUCCAAGACGGCGCCCGUGCGGCUAUCGGCGCAGAAAACUUUCAGGCAUCUACGCGAUGAACUCGGGAGGCGCGAUUUUGAGUCCGUACUACGAACGCACUUGCCCCCCGACCUCGAGCGUCUCGUCCUGAAGGAGUGCGGAGGGACUUCAGCAGCAGCAGGAUCCGGUCGCAAAAACUCCAAGAGACAGCACGAACGCGGAGGCGAGACGCAGCCAAGUGCUGCUGCUACUAGCCACACCAUUGUACAGAACAGCCCCAGCAUCUUGCAGCGCAUGCUGCUGCACCGGCAAAACCGCGUGCUACCAACGCAGACUUGA